CCUCAGUCAUCCACAAAAAGGCGUGGUGCCAGCAAACCUGUUGAGGUCCAUGGGACCAAGAGAAAGGCCAGCAGUGGAGUAGUGAUCCCCAACAAAAGGCAGAAGGGUAGAAACACUGACUAACUCUGGUAAACCCACCAAGGUGGUAAUGGAGAAGAGUUUGGAGAGGGCCAGUGCUGAGCAGCUGCCAGCAUCACAGACUCCAGAUACAAGGAGAAGGGAGAUCGGCUCUGAAGUCUCCCCCAGUCCCAGCAGCUCUUCAACCUCCGAACAACACAAUGGGAGCACACCCCAAUUCGUCAACACCAUCAGAGCCAAUUUUGAGGCCAAGUACGAGGAACUUGGAUUGCUUGGAAAAGGAGGCUUUGGUUCUGUUUAUGCUGGAAACAGGAGAACUGAUAAUUUUCAAGUUGCAAUCAAACAGAUCCCCAAAGCUGAUGUGGAGACUCAACCAACGAUCCUAAAUGGGAAGAUUUACAUGAUCCCCAAGGAGGUGCUCCUCAUGUUGAGAGCUGGAGAUGGACCAGGGUCAGUGGGGAAAUCCGCUGCCGUCUCUUUACUCGACUGGUACAGUUUUGAUGAGGAGGUUCUUCUCAUCAUGGAGAGACCAGUUUAUUCUGUGGACCUUUGGAACCACCUUAAUGACAACGGUGGUGCCCUGAGCGAGGACCAGGCUAAGAACAUCAUGAAGCAGCUGGUGGAGGCAUCCAUUCAAAUGCUCUCUGUCGGAGUCUUUCAUCGGGACAUCAAAACAGAGAACAUUCUGAUUGAGACUCGAUCCGAUGAACCCCGAGUGAGGAUCAUAGAUUUUGGUUGUGGCUGCCGUGUGAGGAAAAGGCCUUUCAGCUCAUUCUCUGGAACCUCUGCCUACGCUCCUCCAGAGCUCUUCAUUAAGGGGAAAUACAAGGCAGGCCCCACCACAGUCUGGCAACUGGGCGCGGUCCUGUUUGAGCUUCUGGAUGGGGACAAACAGUUCACCACCUCCGAGUACCUUUGUGACAAAAUCAAACUCAAUCAGAAGCUGUCCCAAGACUGCCAGGAUUGAAUGAAAAUGUGCUUGGCAGUGAACCUGAAGGAGCGUGCCAACCUUAAGCAGAUUCAGGCGCACCCGUGGUUCCAAUAAUCCACCACCACCGCUUGGGUUUGUCUUGGAACAGAGAUGGG